ACAAGGCGACACCUCUUUUUUCAGACUCACCUUCCAUUCAUACUGGUGAUACAUCAUACGACUUUUUUUCUUUUUGGGUUUUUCUUUUUAGGAGUUCAAUAAUCUAACACGGAAGUGAAGCGCAAAGAACCAUAACAAAGGUGGGACAGAGAGCAAUCUCUCUCUCUCUCUCUCUCUCUCUCUCGCUCUCUCUCUCUCUCUCUCUCCAGUUUUUUCUCUCUAGAAUGGGUUCUUCAUUCCUUAGAAUGAGAGUGUAGCUUUGCAUGGUGGUGUGGGCUUUCUCUGUCUAGCAGCUUCUGCUACGUUCUCUUUAUCAAAGGGGACUGUUUGCCUCGGCAAUCUGUACAGGGUUCGCCAAACGAUUUUACAGGAAAAACCCAGGUCAGUGCCUUGGAUUUUCUAUCCUGGGUUUUCCUCCGAUUUCAAUUUCAGGACCUCUUCUUGUCAGCUUCUGUACUCUCAAGAUAACAUAGAGAGAGAAGGCUAGAGCACUCAGAGAGAGGAAAAAAACAAUUUUGUUUCUCUCUCUUUCUCUCUCUGUCUUCGUGGCUCUGUCUCUCUCCAUUUUCUGCGUUGAUGAUGCAAAUCUGUUUGUUUCCAUGUGCAAUGUGUCUGCAGAUUUUCUCUCCAAAUACCCAUUUUUUCCCUGCCAUUUCCAGAUGGUGAAAUGCCCCUCUCACGAUUCGAUCUCUCUUGCUUAACUCACCACCGUCUCAGUGUUUUCGACCUUCUUCUCCUCCUCCAAAAUUUCUUUUCCGAUAAUGGGUAUCGUUCUUCUGCUGAGUAAAUUCAUAUCGUCAUCUUCCCUCACCUCCUCAUCUCAUACCCUGUUGAGAGCAAUUAACGGGUUGCCCAUAUUGGAGCUGUCAUCAAUUUGCAUCAAUUUGACAUUAUUCCUUGUGUUUCUCUUCAUCGUAUCAGCUCGUCAAUUUUUCGUAUGUAUUGGUCGAGUUCGAAUAAUUAAGGAUGAUUCUGGGGCGAAUUCUAACCCAAUUCGGCGUAGUAUUGAUAGGGAGAUUCGCGAUAUUGAGAUUGGUAAGGGUUUCAUAGCUACGGUGUCCUGCUGUUUCUAUGUUUUGUUAUUGCAAGUUUUGGUGUUAGCCACUGAUGGGAUUGGCCUAAUCAGAGGGGCUUUGAUUGGGAAAACUGCAAAUUGGUCGCUUCUUUGCUUACCUGCAGCUCAAUUCUUAGCUUGGUUCGUGUUGAGCGUUUCGGCUCUCCAUUGUAAAUUUAAGGUGUCUGAGAAGUUCCCUUUGCUGCUGAGGGUGUGGUGGUUUGUUUCAUUUAUCAUUUGGUUGUGUUCAGUUUAUGUUGAUGCCAAAGGGUUCUUCAGAGAAGGUUUAAACCAUGUGAGUGCACAUGUUUUGGCAAAUUUUGCUGCUUCCCCUGCCCUUGCUUUUCUGUUUUUUGUUGCAAUUCGGGGUGUUACUGGUAUACAAGUGCGCAGAAACUCUGAUCUUCAGGAGCCAUUGCUGCCUGAAGAAGAAGCAGGGUGUCUUAAGGUCACACCUUAUAGUGAAGCUGGGCUCUUUAGUUUGGUCACACUUUCGUGGCUGAACCCACUGCUUUCAGUUGGGGCAAAGAGACCACUUGAGCUAAAGGACAUUCCCCUUCUUGCACCGAAAGACCGUGCCAAAACUAAUUAUAAGGCUUUGAAUUCGAAUUGGGAGAAAUUGAAGGCUGAGAAUACAUCAAAACAGCCUUCUUUAGCUUGGGCAAUUCUCAAGUCAUUUUGGAGGGAGGCAGCUUGUAAUGCCGUCUUUGCUGGUCUGAAUACUCUUGUUUCCUAUGUGGGUCCUUACAUGAUUAGCUAUUUUGUGGAUUACUUAGGAGGAAAUGAGACCUUUCCUCAUGAGGGAUAUAUUCUUGCUGGAAUAUUCUUCUCAGCAAAAUUGGUGGAGACCUUAACUACAAGGCAGUGGUAUCUUGGGGUUGAUAUUUUGGGCAUGCAUGUGAGAUCGGCUCUAACUGCAAUGGUUUAUCGCAAAGGACUAAGGCUCUCGAGCUCAGCCAAGCAAAGCCAUACCAGUGGGGAGAUUGUGAACUAUAUGGCCGUUGAUGUUCAGAGAGUGGGGGACUACUCUUGGUAUCUUCAUGACAUUUGGAUGCUUCCCCUGCAAAUAAUUCUUGCCCUCGCGAUUCUAUAUAAAAAUGUUGGAAUUGCUUCUGUUGCUACAUUCAUUGCCACCAUUAUAUCAAUUGUUGUUACUGUUCCACUUGCAAAACUGCAAGAAGAUUAUCAGGACAAAUUAAUGGCUGCCAAGGAUGAUAGGAUGAGGAAGACUUCAGAGUGCCUGAGGAACAUGAGGAUUCUCAAGUUGCAUGCUUGGGAGGACAGGUAUCGAAUGAAGCUGGAGGAAAUGCGUCAUGUGGAGUUCCACUGGCUCCGGAAAGCUCUCUACUCGCAGGCUUUUGUUACAUUCAUUUUCUGGAGCUCACCCAUUUUUGUUGCUGCCAUCACCUUUGGUACUUCAAUUUUGUUGGGUACUCAGCUCACAGCAGGAGGUGUUCUUUCUGCUCUGGCCACUUUCAGAAUCCUUCAAGAACCGCUUAGGAAUUUCCCCGACUUGGUCUCAAUGAUGGCUCAGACAAAGGUUUCUCUUGAUCGAAUUUCUGGAUUCUUGCAGGAGGAAGAGUUGCAGGAAGAUGCAACCAUUGUUCUGCCACGAGGCAUCACAAACAUGGCCAUAGAAAUAAAAAAUGGAGAGUUCUGCUGGGACCCUACUUCUUCAAAGCUGACAUUAUCGGGAAUACAAAUGAAAGUGGAGAGGGGGAGGCGUGUGGCUGUAUGUGGAAUGGUUGGUUCUGGGAAAUCGAGCUUUCUCUCUUGUAUCCUCGGAGAGAUUCCGAAAAUCUCUGGUGAAGUUAGAAUAUGUGGUUCUGCUGCUUAUGUCUCUCAGUCAGCUUGGAUACAGUCUGGAAAUAUUGAAGAAAAUAUCCUUUUUGGCAGCCCAAUGGAUAGGGCAAAGUACAAGAAAGUUCUCCAUGCUUGUUCACUGAAGAAGGAUUUGGAACUAUUCUCGCAUGGAGAUCAAACCAUUAUUGGUGACAGAGGCAUAAAUUUGAGUGGUGGCCAGAAGCAACGAGUGCAGCUUGCAAGGGCACUCUAUCAAGAUGCGGAUAUUUAUUUACUUGAUGAUCCCUUCAGUGCUGUCGAUGCACACACUGGUUCGGAAUUAUUUAAGGAGUACAUAAUGACUGCACUAGCUACUAAGACUGUGAUUUUUGUGACCCACCAAGUUGAAUUUCUGCCAGCUGCUGAUAUGAUACUGGUUCUCAAGGGAGGGCAUAUCAUCCAAGCAGGAAAAUAUGAUGAUCUUUUACAAGCUGGAACUGAUUUUAAAACUUUAGUCUCAGCUCAUCAUGAAGCAAUUGAAGCUAUGGAUAUUCCCAGUCACUCAUCUGAGGAUUCAGAUGAAAUUAUGCCUCCUAAUGGAUCUGUUGUGUUAAAAUGUGACACACAGGCAAAUAAUAUUGAAAAUUUAGCAAAGGAAGUGCAAGAGGGUGUAUCAACUUCAGACCAAAAAGCAAUUAAGGAAAAAAAGAAAGCAAAACGUGCAAGGAAAAAGCAGCUUGUUCAGGAAGAGGAAAGAGAAAGGGGAAGGGUCAGCAUGAAGAUCUAUUUGUCAUAUAUGGCUGCAGCAUAUAAAGGCCUAUUGAUCCCACUGAUUAUCCUUGCACAGGCUCUGUUUCAGGUGCUUCAAAUAGCUAGUAAUUGGUGGAUGGCUUGGGCAAAUCCACAAACUGAAGGCGGGCUACCGAAGACAAGUCCUAUGGUCCUUCUCGGUGUUUUUAUGGCCCUUGCUUUUGGGAGCUCUUGUUUCAUAUUUGUUAGGGCUGUUCUGGUUGCCACAUUUGGUCUAGAAGCUGCGCAGAAAUUGUUUGUAAAGAUGCUUAGAAGUGUGUUUCGAGCACCAAUGUCUUUCUUUGACUCUACUCCAGCUGGACGUAUACUGAAUCGUGUGUCUAUUGAUCAAAGUGUUGUGGAUCUUGACAUUCCUUUUAGACUUGGUGGGUUUGCUUCGACGACUAUACAGCUUCUUGGUAUUGUUGGUGUAAUGACAAAAGUUACCUGGCAAGUUUUACUCCUUGUCAUUCCAAUGGCCAUUGCUUGCUUGUGGAUGCAGAAAUAUUACAUGGCUUCAUCAAGGGAACUGGUUCGUAUUGUUAGCAUCCAGAAAUCUCCAGUUAUCCAUCUUUUUGGUGAAUCAAUUGCUGGGGCAGCCACAAUUAGAGGAUUUGGACAGGAGAAGAGGUUCAUGAAGAGGAAUCUUUAUCUUCUCGAUUGCUUUGGUCGCCCCUUCUUCUAUAGUCUUGCUGCUAUUGAAUGGCUCUGCCUGCGCAUGGAGUUACUCUCAACCUUCGUGUUUGCCUUUUGCAUGAUUUUGCUAGUGAGCUUCCCACAUGGAAGUAUUGACCCAAGCAUGGCAGGCCUUGCUGUUACUUAUGGCCUUAAUUUGAAUGCUCGACUAUCACGGUGGAUACUUAGUUUCUGCAAGCUUGAAAACAAAAUUAUUUCCAUUGAAAGGAUUCACCAAUACAGCCAAAUCCCAGGAGAAGCUCCACCGAUCAUUGAGAACUCUCGCCCUCCAUCCUCGUGGCCAGAGAAUGGAACAAUUGAACUGAUUGAUCUAAAGGUCCGCUACAAGGAAAGUCUUCCUGUUGUGCUUCAUAGUGUAACCUGCAAAUUUCCUGGUGGUAAUAAAAUUGGAAUUGUUGGGCGUACUGGAAGUGGUAAAUCGACUUUGAUCCAGGCGCUAUUCCGAAUGAUUGAACCAGCAGGUGGGAAGAUCAUAAUUGACAACAUUGAUAUUUCAACAAUUGGCCUUCAUGACAUUCGUAGCCGUCUGAGUAUAAUACCUCAAGAUCCUACCUUGCUUGAAGGGACAAUUAGAGGCAAUCUUGAUCCUCUUGAAGAGCACUCAGACCAGGAAAUUUGGCAGGCACUUGAUAAGUCUCAGCUUGGGGAUGUAAUCCGCCAAAAAGAGCAAAAGCUUGAUACGCCAGUGCUCGAGAAUGGAGAUAAUUGGAGUGUUGGGCAAAGGCAACUGGUUUCCCUGGGCCAGGCUUUGCUUAAACAGGCAAGAAUUUUGGUGCUUGAUGAAGCGACUGCUUCAGUUGAUACAGCCACAGAUAAUCUUAUCCAGAAGAUUAUCCGAACUGAAUUCCAGAACUGCACUGUAUGCACUAUUGCGCAUCGGAUCCCAACCGUUAUCGAUAGCGAUCUUGUUCUGGUCCUCAGUGAUGGUCGAGUUGCAGAGUUUGAUACGCCAGCACGACUAUUAGAGGACAAAUCAUCCAUGUUCCUGAAGUUGGUCACCGAGUACUCAUCCAGGUCAAGUGGCAUUCCAGAUUUUUGAAUUAGAUGGUGUGCCUCAAAACCUUGCAGUUAUAAAAGCAACAAGAACAUACAACUACUCUAAGAAUACUGCUCUUCUUGUGGUGGCGGCAGCGGCAGCUUCAGCUUCUGGAAAAGAGAUGGGAGACUAAAAGGGAACCACAGGCCAAGAAGAAGAAAACAAUUUGGUUUAAGUGUUGAAGAGAUAAUUAGUAGCCACUUUUAAAGCAGGACUGGAGGAUUCAUGCAUGGUUGGCAUAUGCCUUCAUAGAGAAAAUAAGUCAGGGUUGGGAGAGGUUGGUAAUAAUUAGGUGAAUAGUAAGAAAUGCGGCCCAUUUGUUUCGAGAAUGUGCAAUAAAACUAGGUUCUUGCUUCAUUAGUUUUACUUGUAGAGCAUUAAUUAGAGAGUCAAAUGUGUAUUCCACUGUUUCAACUGCAGAAAUUAUGUUAAACAAUUCUGCAUGGUUCAAAUUCCA